AUGGCAUUCAAACCAGUUUCCCACGUCCUAUUUGAUUUAGAUGGACUUCUCAUAGAUUCUGAAAAAAUUUACACUAAAAGCUUUGAAAUCGUGUGUGGAAAAUAUGGAAAGGUCUUCACAUGGGAAUUAAAUUCUACAAUAUUAGGUACCCAAGGCCAUGAAUGUGCUGACAAAAUUAUUAAAGUACUAGACCUACCUGUUACAAGGGAACAAUUUAUGAAUGAGUGCCAGAAAAUAAAUGAGAAACUUUUUUCAAAUGUCCAGUUAAUGCCAGGAGCAGACAAAUUAGUUUCACACCUACAUGAAAAAGGCAUACCUAUUGCAUUGGCAACAAGUUCAAGUGAGGAUAGUGUGAACAAGAAAAUGAAAGACCAUAAACAAUUUUUAAACAAAUUCCAUCACCUUACAAUGGGUUCUUCAGACCCAGAAGUAACUAAAGGGAAACCUGACCCAGCCAUAUUUUUAGUCUGUUCCUCUAGAUUUAAUGAUAAACCAAAGCCUGAAAAGUGCCUAGUUUUUGAAGACGCUGUGAAUGGAGUUAAAGCAGCGCGCGCAGCUAACAUGCAAGUAGUCGCCGUCCCUGAUCCAAGAAUCGACAAACAACAACUUAGUAUUGCUACGUUAGUUCUUGAUUCUUUGGAAGAUUUCAAACCAGAGCUCUUCGGUUUACCGGCUUACGAUUAA